CUCCAGGCAGGGCGCCAGCCCACCACAGGCCUGAUAAUGUCUACCACAGGGGAAAUGAAUGGCUCUGGGAAUCUAAUGGAUUUCCUGGAUGAGCCUGUUCCUGAUUCUGGAACUUAUGAAGAUUUCCACACCAUUGACUGGUUGAGGGAGAAGUCCAGGGAUACAGAUAGACACAGGAAGAUCACUAGUAAAAGCAGAGAAUCUAUUUGGGACUUCAUAAAGAGUUUACUUGAUGCCUGGUCUGGAUGGGUAGUCAUGCUGUUCAUUGGACUGCUAGCAGGCACGAUUGCAGGGGUCAAUGACUUAGCUGUGGACUGGAUGACUGACCUGAAAGAAGGGGUGUGCCUCUCUGCAUUUUGGUAUAGUCACGAACAGUGUUGCUGGACAUCAAAUGAAACCACAUUUGACAACAGAGAUAAGUGCCCACAGUGGCAUACUUGGUCAGAACUAAUGAUUGGUCUGACAGACGGUGGAAGCGCUUAUGUGUUAAACUACUUCUUGUAUGUGAUGUGGGCACUUGCAUUUUCGUUCCUGGCUGUAUCCCUUGUAAGAGUUUUUGCUCCAUAUGCAUGUGGCUCUGGAAUUCCUGAGAUUAAGACCAUUUUAAGUGGAUUCAUUAUUAGAGGCUACCUUGGAAAAUGGACACUUCUUAUUAAACCUGUCACUCUUGUUCUGGUAGUGUCUUCAGGCCUCAGUUUGGGGAAGGAAGGACCCAUGGUGCAUGUGGCUUGUUGCUGUGGCAAUCUGUUUUGUAGCCUUUUCUCUAAAUAUAGCAAAAAUGAAGCCAAGAGGAGGGAGGUUUUGUCGGCAGCAGCUGCCGUGGGUGUGUCCGUUGCCUUUGGAGCACCAAUUGGUGGAGUGCUUUUCAGCCUUGAAGAGGUCAGUUACUAUUUCCCACUUAAAACAUUAUGGAGGUCCUUCUUUGCUGCUCUAGUGGCUGCCUUCACUCUCCGUUCAAUUAACCCAUUUGGGAAUAGCCGCUUGGUACUCUUUUAUGUUGAGUACCACACUCCAUGGUAUAUGGCUGAACUUAUUCCUUUCAUCCUGCUUGGAGUCUUUGGAGGUCUUUGGGGAACUCUUUUUAUACGAGCAAAUAUUGCCUGGUGCCGACGUCGCAAAACUACUCAACUUGGCAAGUACCCUGUGCUGGAGGUAAUAGCAGUGACGGCUAUUACUGCUAUUCUUGCUUUCCCCAACCCAUAUACACGAAGAAGCACAAGCAAACUUGUUUCUGAACUCUUUAAUGAUUGUGGUGCUUUGGAGUCCUCCCAGCUUUGUGAUUAUAUCAAUGAUCCCAACAUGACCCGGCCAGUUGAUGACAUUCCAGAUCGUCCUGCAGGCCCUGGUGUCUACUCCGCUUUAUGGCAGCUUGCACUGGCAUUGAUUUUCAAAAUUUUUAUCACUAUUUUCACCUUUGGCAUGAAGAUUCCAUCGGGUUUAUUUAUUCCUAGCAUGGCUGUUGGAGCCAUUGCUGGACGCAUUGUGGGUAUAGCAGUAGAGCAAAUGGCCUACCACCACCAUGACUGGAUUAUAUUUAGAAACUGGUGCCGUCCUGGAGCUGACUGUGUUACUCCUGGAUUGUAUGCAAUGGUGGGAGCUGCAGCUUGCUUAGGUGGAGUAACACGAAUGACCGUAUCUCUUGUGGUGAUAAUGUUUGAAUUAACUGGAGGCUUGGAGUACAUUGUGCCACUUAUGGCUGCUGCUGUCACAAGCAAGUGGGUUGCAGAUGCCUUUGGAAAAGAAGGCAUCUAUGAAUCACACAUUAAGCUUAAUGGUUACCCAUUCCUUGAUGUGAAAGAUGAGUUUACACACAGAACUCUUGCCACAGAUGUGAUGCGUCCACGGCGUAAUGAACCUCCACUAGCCAUUUUAACACAAGACAGUACAACAGUGGAAGAUGUGGAAACCCUCAUCAAAGACACCGACUAUAAUGGCUUUCCUGUUGUUGUCUCUAGGGAGUCAGAGAGACUCAUUGGUUUUGUUCAGAGGAGAGAUCUAAUAUUAGCUAUAAAAAAUGCCAGACAGAAACAAGAGGGUGUAGUGAGCAACUCUGUGGUUUAUUUCAUUGAAGAUGUGCCACAGUUACCAGCCAGUAGUCCCCAACCUCUCAAGCUUCGCCGAAUUCUUAAUCUCAGUCCCUUCACUGUUACAGAUCAUACUCCAAUGGAAACUGUGGUGGACAUUUUUAGAAAGCUGGGACUACGACAGUGCCUUGUCACUCGCAGCGGGCGCCUUUUGGGUAUCAUAACUAAAAAGGAUGUUCUCAGACAUAUGGCCCAGAUGGCAAAUCAAGACCCUGAAUCUAUCAUGUUCAAUUAACAGUAAUAGUACAACCAGGGAGUUCUUAACUUCUUAGCGGGAUAUAUGAUCCUUGCUAAUGUGAGUAGCCAUGCUAAGCUGUGAAAGUAAAGUGUUUGGCUAUGACAAGGACUGGACAGCUGACAUAAACUUGGAACAUUUGAAAGGAGGUGUUCGUGAUUGUCUUAUGCCAUGCCAGACUGUGUACAUUAUAAGCAUGAUUUGCCAAGAAAGUUUGAAUUUUAUUUUAGACUUGUCUUGGAAAAUUAGAUCCGUUCCUAACCUCUGACCUGUUCAAGUUCUAGCUUUUGAUGGGGGUCUGUUUUGCCCAGACUCUAAUCAUGAUGGAAGCUCUUCAUUUAUUGUUCCUAAAAUACUAUUGUAAAGACCAACAGAAAAUAUACUUAUGGUACCUUAGUAUUUCUAUUGCACUUUUAUUAAUAUCAGCCUUUUCCUUCUUCACUUCUAUAUUGUACAUCCAUCAGAACCAUGAAGAAGGAAGUAAUGAUCAUUCAUCAUCCUCGCAAACCAGUAUGGCUGUGUCUCUUUUGGCAAUGUUCAGGCCUUUGGCUUGUGUUCCUCUAAACCUCAUGUUAUAAUUGUAAUGUGAAAUGUUCCUUAUAAAACAUAUCCUUCCUUAUCAGACACCUUUUUCCAUCCUAAAUAUCAAACCUCAUCUGCAGUCUUUUGCUUUGUAUGUUUAUUUUAUUUUUUUGGAUAAGAGCAAAUGGAGGCAUAAUAGUCUGAUGUAUUAAAGUAAUUUAUUUUAGAAAACUUUAUUAUCUUUGUGCCAUUAUCACUGAUUGAUUAACUGCAGUAGAUACUUAAUCUGUUAAAAUUCCAUUUGCUUUUACUCAUGGUUUUCUGAUAGUUAUGCUGUAUGUAAACUGUGCAGAGCUUAGUAGCAACACAUACUCCCCACACAUGGUCUUUGCUGCAAAGACUUCCAAUCAUGAAUUGCACUAUGCAAUUACCUUAGCUUUUAACAGCUGCAUUUUUUUCUCUUCUGUAACAUAAAUUGAUCUGAAAUUUCCCAUUCCCUUUGUAUUAAAAUUUAUGAAUCCAAAAAAA